AUGUUUAAUUGUAUCGAGCUUGCCUGCUUUACUGUAGGUCUUUCUUGUAUUCUUGGUAAACUUCCUCUUAUAAUAAUUAUUACUAUUAUAGUUGUGGCACUAAGAAUCUUAAAACUUUUGAUUAAUCCCUUUAUUAAGACAAAAGCAACUACUAAGAGAUAUGGAGAAAAAUCUUACGCAGUAAUUACUGGAGGAGCAAAUGGAAUCGGAGAAGCCAUGGCUAGAGAACUCGCCAAUAGAAAUUUCAACUUGGUUUUAAUUGAUCUCGACUAAAAGAGACUAGUAGAGGUGAGUAAGAGUAUUUAAGAAAAAAACAAAGUAGCAGUCCUAACUAUAGUCUAUGACUUCGGCAAAGAAACCACUCCUACAUCAUUUGAAAAACUAACCCAAAAAUUUAGCGAUCUAGAUGUAUCAAUAUUGAUAAAUAACGUCGGAGUAUGCAAUCCAGCCAACUUAUUUGCUGAAAUUGAGACUAAAAGAGCUUGCUUAGAGCUGCUUGUAAAUUGCUAUCCAGUUGUAAUGCUCUCAAAAUUCAUGAUUGAAAGACUUAGGUAGAGAUAUCAGCAAAACAAAAAGCGCUCCUUAAUUAUGAAUGUAGCAUCGACCUGUGGGAUAAUGUACUAACCUUAUUGUGCUAAUUAUUGUGGAACUAAGGUUUUUACCAAAAGAUUCUCUCAGUCAUUAUAUUACGAACUUAAUGAUGGGAUAUCAGGUAUUGAUGUUGUGACCCUUGCUCCUUCUUCCGUUUCAACUAACCUGAGUAAACUUUAGGAGGGUUUUGCAGUAAUUUCACCUCAAAUGUGUGCAAUUGGAGCUUUAAAUAACAUAACUGCUUUUGAAUAAAAUGGAGGUUGGUAGCAUGAAAUUCUUGCAUUUUUCAUCAGAUUGUGGUUAGUAGAUUUCUUACCCAGAUAAAUAGCCGGAAGUAUUACACUCAAAUUAGGGUAAAUACUUCGAAUUGUGCAAUAAAAAGCAAAAUGA